GGGGGAGGAAAGAGGAAAAGGAGGAAGCAAGAUGGCGGAGGCUUCCCCGCAGCCGGGACGGUAUUUUUGCCACUGCUGCUCGGCCGAGAUUGCGCCGCGCUUACCGGAUUAUAUUUGCCCAAGGUGUGAAUCUGGUUUUAUUGAAGAGCUGCCCGAAGAACCAAGAAAUGUUGAAAAUGGGUCCAGUUCUUCAGCCUCAACCAGUGACCAGGCCAGACAUCCGUUUGAGAAUGUAGAUCAGCCCCUCUUCACCCUCCCGCAGGGCUACGGCCAGUUUGCCUUCGGGAUAAUCGAUGACAGUUUUGAGUUCCCAGCUUUUGGGUCCAACACACAAACAGAAGAUAACCGCGAUGCUGAAAACAGGCGGGAGAGGGAACAUCAGUCUCGGCACCGAUAUGGAGCCAGGCAACCUCGGGCUCGUUUCACCGCACGACGGGCGGCUGGCAGACACGAGGGAGUCCCCACACUAGAAGGAAUUAUCCAGCAGCUGGUCAAUGGAAUUAUAGCACCGACCACGAUACCAAACCUUGGAGUAGGACCUUGGGGAGUCUUGCAUUCAAAUCCCAUGGACUACGCUUGGGGCGCCAACGGCUUGGAUGCCAUUAUUACUCAGCUCCUGAAUCAAUUUGAAAACACCGGCCCACCUCCUGCAGACAAGGAGAAGAUUCAGGCCCUUCCAACCAUUCAUAUAACAGAGGAACAUGUCGUUUCGGGACUGGAAUGUCCUGUCUGUAAGGAAGAUUAUGAAGUUGGUGAGAGCGUGCGACAAUUACCCUGCAAUCACCUCUUCCAUGAUGGCUGCAUAGUCCCGUGGCUGGAACAGCAUGACACCUGCCCAGUGUGUCGGAAAAGUUUAAGCGGGCAGAACACAGCCACAAACCCACCUGGACUCUCCGCAAUGAAUUUUGCUUCCUCCUCGUCAUCUUCCUCCUCCUCCUCUUCCUCCAGUUCACCAAGUAACGAAAACUCCGCAAACAACUCAUGAAUCUUUAAAAAAAAAAACAAGCAAAAAAAAAAACAACCAACCAAACAAACAAACCGUCGCCACUCUCAUGCUCUUUUUCUAAUGUCAUAGCCCUUCCUUGCUCCCCCCACCACCCCACCUCACCAGGGGGAAAAUCUGUGGGGUGGGGGAUGUCCAGCACAGAGCCGUGGGGAGGGGGCUGGGAACGGGAAAUCUCCACACACUUCCCCCGCCCCCCCCACACCUCAACCAUCAUAACUCCAAGACCCUCUUGACUUCCCGCUCUCUUGCCUCCUGCCCCCGCCCUCUGCCCCCCCACCCUCGACGUUUGGUGUUCAAUCUUGCAUUCUCUCAAGGGACAAUGCGGGGGAGGGGGGUAUGGGUGGUGGUGGGGGGAAAGAGCCUCUAAACUUGUGCUGCUGUGCAGACUCUUUAAAACCCGGCCCGACUGCGCUGUGUGACGAGCGGCAGGGAGUCGAAACGCGAAACAAGCACUGGAUUUAAGGGAGACCGGAGUUCCAAAGGGGCGUUCCAAAAACGGAUUGUCUAUCCCUUUCUCUUUGUUCUUUUUUUUU